AUGGCCACCAUUGGAUCGCUCAUCUUCUGCAAGACCUGCGGUAACCUUCUCCCGGUGUCCAAGGGCAAUGAGAAGAACAUUCUCGAGUGCGAGUGCUGCGGCACACGCAACCAGGACAUGGCUUCCAAGACCGUAAUCACCAAGAGCAAACCUUCCGACUUCCCAUCCCUGCUUCGCCAACAAUUAUCCACAGUUCAGACCGUCGAGCGGCACAAGGUCGAAACCGAGGCGCUCUCCAACGUGCCUUGCGAGAAAUGUGGCGAGACCAAGGUUCGAUACUCGGCUGUGCAGCUUCGUGGUGCAGACGAAGGCAGCACAAUCUUCUACACCUGCGGCGACUGCGGGCACAAGUGGAACACCAACAACUAA